AUGUCUACUCAAUUAUCACAAGGUCUUGCGCAAGGCGCUGCGCGGAGACCUGACUCAUUUUCGAAGCUUCCUCAUGAAAUUACGGCAAGGAUCUUCAGGUACGCUUUACCAGGUCCUCGGAUCAUCACCGUCGAUGUUAAAUAUAGUCAGAUGGAUGAUUCUGAAAUCGGGGAUAUUGCUAUGGAACUAAAAUUAUCCCAGGAAGCCUGGGAGAAAAAGCGGGAGGAUAAACAUUUUAGAGAAAAGCUGGGACUCCAUGAUCCGAAAGAUCACCACAUGAUCUUGGAAGUCGAACGGGCUGUCGCUAUUCAGACCAUUCCAGCUCUAUUACACACAUGUUCAUUGUCAAGAAAAGUAGCUUUGGAAUUCUAUCAAUUUUGGAGACGGGGCAAAAAAUUGACAAUUUGCAUCGAUUUCAAAAUUGACACCCUCCACUUUCAAAGCCAUCGUGCGUGGAAAUACUUCACGCAAAAGCCAGGAGAAUUGAGCGGUAGACAUCUCCGUAGCAUUAUGAUCGCCUCAAAUAGCAAGUGGGGAUACGAAGAUGGAGAUAGAUACACUAUGAACUACAAUGUGCUUUUGAACGAUCUCUUUGAUAACAAAUACAGUGCAGGAAGAGAUAACAUCAGCUUAGACACUACUUGUGUCGACGAAAUGGCCAAGAAAGUGAAGUUUCUGGCUCUUGGUGGAGAACUGGUUUUGAGCAGUCACCCAGAAUGGGCAAUGUCAUUGGUAAAAUUUUGGAAGCUCAAAAAGCUAUGGUGGAGAUUCAUGGACGAUACCCCCAAUACUCCCGAAGACGAUUUGAAACUGGAAUGGAGAAGACUAGCUGCAGGUAUUGACAACAAAGAAGAGUGGCUUGCCAGACAGGGAGAGUUCACCCACGUUACAAUACCAAAAGUUCACCGUAUCAGCUUCGAAGAUUUGCAAAUCAGGCAAAGACUCGGCGAAGGAUUCGAUAUUGAGUAG